CUAAACUCAUAAGUGUUUCUCAUUUUGACUGUUAUUUGCAGUGAUUUAUCACUUAAUUUGCAUUCAAUUGAGUCUGUAAUUCAUUAAUUGGUGGCAAACCAUGGCUUUGAUAUCAACGACUGAAUUGAAGCGACUCUUAAGACUUCAUUACUUGACAAACAUAUUAUUAGCCCUUUCUUUCGUGGCCCUCAAGUGUUUGUCUCCUAUUUGCGACUAUCUCUUCACGUCAUGUCAAUUGGAUUAUCGCGAAACGGAGAUCAUGUUCUUCACGGCUGUCAUCAUUAUCUUCAGGACCAGAAAGCAAGGUGCGGUCCAUUUGGUGCCAUACGUGAGCACUGCCUGCAUGUUAGCGAAGAUGGGAAACGUUUUGCUGUACUUCAUGUCGGAUCCGGUCUAUGGUGUGCUUUACGUGAGCUGUUGUAUCCUGCAUUUACUGGUAUUACCCGAACCCUCAUACGAGGGACCCGAAGAUAUCUCGUACUUCAGAGGAGAGGACUUCACUCAAGAGCUUGAAAACGACAAACGCGUCGUUUGGCUCAUAGAGCUCUACACGGCGUGGAGUCCCCCCUGUAUUGACUUCUCGUCGGUCUUCUCCGAGCUCUCCGGCAAAUACAGUCUUCAGAACCUAAGGUUCGGCAAAAUAGAUUUGGCCCGAAAUGAGGAGACGGCCAAACACUACAAGAUAAACACGUCGGCGCUCAGCAAACAGUUGCCGACACUCAUACUGUUCCGCAACGGCAAAGAGGCUAUGAGGCGACCGACGGUCAACAAUAACUCCAAAUUAGUUAAAUUCAAUCUCACCUUUGAUAACGUUGUGUCGGAGUUUGAUUUGAAUAACUUAUACAAUGAAUGCAAAGCGACUCCGUUUAAGACUAAACCCAAGAGAGCGAAAGAGGACUAAACUGUGGUUAAUGUUUGCGGACAUGAGAUGCAGACAAUGUCUGAUUGUCUUCAUGUUUGGUUGCGAUUCAGCGCCACAUUUAAGUAGUGAUGAAAGCAUUUAGAAUCUAAUCACAGAAUCUCUUAUAUAUCACUCGAUUGUCUUCUUUGCACUAUUAGUCCCCAUAGUAUCAGAC